UGGAGUUAUUCCUUGGGGACGGAACUUCGCAUCGAAGACCCUUCUUUUCUUUUCUGAGAAACCGAAACGAAGAGAUAGCAGAGGCAAAGAAAGGAAAGGUCAGUGAGCAGAUCAGUUUGAUCGUGGAUUCGCAGGUUGUUUCCGUCGGCCGGCGCUCGAUCUGUCACCGCAAUCUCAGAUUCUCGUUCUGAAAGGGGGUUAGAGUCGUAUUUUCAAUGGAAGGAGUUGGGGAAGAAGGUGCCUCCCCUGUGGCGCCCAUAGCGAAAUGGAGAAACGAUUUCUCUAGGUUAUUUCAGUACUACUUGGACCGGUCGACCCCUCACAUGGUGGAAAGGUGGCUCGGGACUCUUGCUGUGGCGAUGAUUUAUGUGUUGCGGGUUUACUUCGUCCAAGGGUUCUACAUCGUCUCCUAUGCUCUAGGAAUCUACAUCUUGAACUUGUUAAUUGGGUUUCUUUCGCCAAAGGUUGAUCCCGAGGUGGAAGCUUUGGAUGGGGCUUCAUUGCCAACAAAGGGUUCGGAUGAAUUCAAGCCAUUCAUCCGCCGACUUCCCGAAUUCAAGUUCUGGUAUGCAAUCACUAAGGCUUUCUGCAUAGCUUUUCUGAUGACCUUCUUCUCGGUGUUUGAUGUGCCUGUUUUCUGGCCCAUACUGCUCAUCUACUGGAUUGUGCUCUUCAUUCUCACCAUGAAGCGCCAAAUUAUGCACAUGAUCAAGUACAAAUACGUUCCUUUAAACACGGGGAAGCAGAGGUACACUGGAAGGAAUUCGGCUGCAAGCAGUAGUGGAUUGAGGAAGGAUUGAGUCUUGGAUCAAGUUGCUUGUACAGGGAGCAAUCGCAGCUUUGGACUCUCAUGCCUUAAAUUCUGUUGUUCCGACAUAUUUCCUAAUGGAACAAGUUGAUGUAAUCACUCAGCGAAAGAUUUCUUAGACAUGGUCAGCGGUGGCACUGUUUAAAGUCAGUCUUGAUUCGAGGAGUGUUUUUACUUGUUCUUCUGUUUGCAUUGCUGCAGUUCCUCGGUUCUAUCUGCAUUUACCUUUUCGUGUACAUAAUAAUUCCAUGUUGUUGAUCCAUAUCAAUCAUUGCCCUUUGGUUCA